CCACCUCUUCUUCUCCACCGCUCGAUUGUAUUCGUCGUGGCAGGAAUGUUGCUUACUGUAUUCAGUUUGUUCAGUCCUACAUGGCAGAUAACCAGAAAACCGAAAACGGCCGAAAUUCAUCAUCAUGGUCUUUGGUGGGAUUGUAUAGUCUCAGAUGGCACACUUAUUCCACUCGACUGGGAAAAGUUUUCUCAACAAAGUGAGAAGUGCGUAAGUAAAUUCAAUCCCGCGGUACAUUCUCAGCUAAAGACUGUUUUGGAAAACGGUGACGCGUUCUCUAAAGAGCUCCUCUCUCAUCGAUUUCUUCCUCAUCACAAAUCUGUGAUAUUUUUCUCCACGUUCACGUUAGUAUUUGGAGCGAUCGGCCUCAUAACGGGUGCGUGUUCACCGUGUUUUCCGCUGAAUUCGUUGCUUUACGUGAUCUCAUUAUUUAUGACAGGUGCUUGUUCGUUGCUAUCGGAUGUCGUUUUCGUUCUUGGCACAGCGAAUACCGUAACAACUAUAAAGGAGCCGUCGCACCCUGAGGGUGCUGGCGGUGAGAACCGUGUUGGUAUGGCUUGCUACGUCCACAUGUUUGCAACGACUCUUUUCCUGUUGGCACUUAUAUCAUCGAUUGGCUCGGCUUAUCUGUUAAUGACUUCGCCUAGAGGACGAGAGGGGUGUUGCACCACCAGAAAACAGCUCAUACAACAGCAUGGGUUAGUUCCUUUUUUGUUAUACACCCAACUUUUUUCUUAUUCGUUUAUUAGGUAA